AUGGAGCCAUCGAAUAUCACAUCCGGACUGCCAGAAGACUACGUCACCCAUCCCUUUACCAGCCUCAGUAAAUUGAGUAUCGAGGCAGAGAGGGUACUUGAGAGACUGAACCAGAAUGAUGACGCAGGAAAUCAGUAUAUCCUUGUGCUCAAUCUGCCUCGAGCCAUUCGCAGUCAACUAGUUGAAAAUAAGAAUGUUUUGCACGGCAUCAACUUUCGUUUGAUGUUUGAACGAACCACUGCGCUUAUCAAAGUUGUCCCGUCCGAGCCUCAUGAAACAGCGACAUCACGUCUCCGCGACCAUAUAACCGCCUCCGCCGUUUUGGCUGGGACGUCGAUGGAUGACAUCUUAUGGAGUGGGAAGACGACUCACAGGCCAAGCGUGGCUGCAGACAAGGGAAAGCAAGCGCACGAUUGUUUCAUACCACCAACCCGACAGCCCAGAGGAAAUCAGCCGCAAGGUUGGCCUUCGCUGGUGAUUGAGACCGGCGUCUCUGAAUCCCUGACCAGGCUCCGCCACGACGCACGAUGGUUGUUCGAGAACUGUGAAGGGGCCGUUCGCACCGUGAUUCUGCUCAGCAUUAAACGGAUACAGAAGACCAUUCUGUUGGAUAAGUGGCAGUUGAGCCCUCCCGGUCAGUCCGUCACUCCACAGCAGGCUCUUCGCAUCCAGCAGAUGGCCAUACCGCCAAUGCCUCCACUCGGACUCCAGCAGGCAGCCAACCAGUACCCGUUCAUAGCGCAGACAGCUACCAUUACAACAGCCAACGCGACCGGAAGUCUCCCCAUUCAUCUUCAUUACCAGGCGCUAUUUGAUCGAGCUCCAGGCCCAGGUCAACCCGACAUUCGUCUCGAUGCAGCCGCACUGAUGAGGCUUGCCGUGAGUUUGCCAUAA